AUGGCGUACUGUCAAGAGCUUUGUGAAGAGCUCUCUGAUCUAUCUCAAAGUUAUACUAUUGAUUUAAAUGAUAAAGAAAGCGGAGAUCCUAUAAAUGAGUCGUUAGCUUCUAAAGGAGCUUUAUUAUCUAUUUCGGCGAAAGGAAGCUUGAAAUGGGCUGGUAGUGUUGAAGAUCUUAAAUGCCUAGUUAACGACCUUCAAAUUUCGCCUGCUAAAUGGACAUUGUCUGGUGGCGAUUGUAAGCUGUUUGAUAGUAGGGAUAUAGCUAUUCGCUGGUACUCGACGAGGGGUACUUUAACUUUGAAAGGUGAAAAGACCGAGGAAGUCAAAAGCAAACUUGUUCAAAUUAUCCAGCGUGAAAAAGCGGCGAAUAUGAGUCAAGAUGGCGAUAAAAACUUGCACUCUAGCUUGCAUAAUUUAACAGUGCUCACCGAACCGAUGAUUAAUGAAGCAAGUGAGAUAAAUGUCUUAAAGCAAACAAUGAACGAGUUUAUUGAGACAAUGGCUGCUAAAUUUGAAGUCUUAACAUCUGAUGUUCACAAUUUAAAAACUGAGAAAUUUGAUUUGUUGGCUGCUGAAAUUGAUGACUUAAAAAGUAAAGACUCCUAUGCUAUUGGCGAUGAGCUAAAGAGUGAAAUUAAUAGACUUAAACUCGAAAAUACUUGA